AUGCUCUCCGUCACCCGCAAUACUUCCCAGAAAGGGAAAUUUCUUUCUGUAGUCGCUCGCUCGCUAUCCACAGAAACAAUAUCUCCCUCUGGCUCUCAGCUACCUCCACCGACAUUACCCCCAUCCAAGUCUCCGCGCACUCGCCUUAACCCUGCACCACGGCCUACUGUCUCGCAUAGGCACCCCGUCUUUCCCCAUCUUCCUCCCACUUUCGGCCGAAACCAGCUACUUCCCGUCGCAGACUCCACGCGUGCGCUGCUCGAAUCCAUCGUCGCACAGUUCGAAGCACCGAUUAGAUAUGCGUUUGCGUACGGAUCAGGGGUGUUCGAGCAAGAUGGAUAUACGAGCAGCGCGCCGGGUGCGCAGAACGCGCCCAUGCUCGACUUCAUGUUUGCCGUGACGCAUGCGGACCACUGGCAUUCCAUCAACAUGAACCAGUAUCCGAGCCACUACCCGCUCCAUACUCGUAUACUUGGCUCAUCGUUCGUUGCGAGGGUGGAGGAGGUCGCACCUGGCGUGUGGUUCAACACGUACGUGCCGAUGAAGGGUGUGACGAUCAAGUACGGGGUGACUACCGUGGACAACCUAUGCUCGGACCUCCUUAACUGGAAGACGCUCUAUCUCGCGGGGCGCAUGCACAAGCCAAUCCGCAUAAUCAAGGAUGACGCUCGUGUGCGCCUGACCCAGCAGGUCAACCUCACGUCCGCCGUGCGCACUGCGCUGCUGACACUCCCAGACGAAUUCUCCGAACGCGAGCUCUUCGAGCGGAUAUCUGGGUUCAGCUACGGCGGAGACCUGCGCAUGCUCCUGCCUGCUGAGAACAGGAGAAAGGUAGGCAAUAUCGUUCGAAAGCAGGGCCCGCAAUUCAAGGAGCUCUACCACCGGCUUGUCGUUGCCCUCCCCGGAGUGUUUUGGUCCCCAUACUCCACGAAUAUCCAGCAGGACAUCUCGCCCCACGCUCGUGCUGCGCACUUGAAGAAGCUGCCGUUGAACCUGCUGACGGGUGUGGAGAAUCACUAUACGUCAGUCCUGCCACCCAGGGAGGCGGACGAGAGCAUGUACUGGACGCGACUCGCUGGUGACGAGAAGCUACCAACUGUGCUUGAGCAAGAAUUGCGCAAGAUUGUGCGGUACCCCUCUUCUGUACAAACUGUGAAGGGUGUCGUCAGCGCGGGUUUCGGGAAGAGUUUGCGCUACAGUGCACAGAAGGUCGGCAAGUGGUGGAAAUCAGUAGGCGGGAAGCCUUCCAGCAACUCAUGA